AUGCAGCCCGAGGUCAAGCACCAUCUAUUGGCCUUUAGUAACAGUACAGUGACAAUAUAUUACUGUAACCCUGCCUGUAUAACUGGCUGGUGUAACGUCCUUAUCAGAGGUAUGUUUCAAUAAAGAUAAAUAACAAGGUAAACUAUGAGAACACAUUGAUUCUAAAACAAGUGGACAGCAAGUAAUAUAAAGAUCCAAAUAUAAUUUACCAUAGCUUGUUACCAUUGGCUUAGGCAUGGGUGUGGCAAUUGCAAAGGCCCCGUUCAUGAAGCCAAAAUGUGUUCCUCCGUGUGUCACGUUCGUUGAGUAAAGGAUUGGACCAAGGUGCAGCGUGGUAUGCGUACAUAGUAGUUUAUUAUAUAAACACAGACAAAAUAACAAAAUCCAACAGAACGUGAAGUUCAAAAGGCUAAACAUCCAACAAGCCAAACAGAAACAAGAUCCCACAACUAAGGUAGGCAACAUGGCUGCCUAAAUAUGAUCCCCAAUCAGAGACAACGAUCGACAGCUGCCUCUGAUUGGGAACCACAACCGGCCAACAUAGAUAUACACAUUCUAGAAUGUACACAUAGAUAUUCACACCCUGACCAAACCAACUAGAGAUCUCAAUGUCAGGGCGUGACAGUACCCUCCCCCCAAAGGUGCGGACUCCGGCCGCAAAACCUGACUCCUUAGGGGAGGGUCCGGGUGGGCAUUUUAGCCUAGGUGGCGGCUCCGGCACCAGGCGCGACGUCAACCUUACUGUCCUCUCCUUUUCUGGCUCCCCGUUGCACACCUGGUCCGGUCUGGACCCAGGCGCGAUGCUUCCCCUCUCAGUCCUCCCACGAUGCACCAAGCCCUGUCUGGACCCUGGUGUGGGAGAGUAGACGACCGGACCCGGACUAGGCACCGGUGGAGCGGACUGCUCUGGCACUGGAGUGGAGCCGCUGACCGGAGCUGGACUUGGCACCGGUGGAGCGGACUGCUCUGGCACUGGAACGGGCCGUACCGGGCUGGCGACACGCACCACUGGUUUGGUGCGAGGAGCAGGAACGGGCCGUACCGGACUGGAGACACGCACCACUGGUUUGGUGCGAGGAGCAGGAACGGGCCGUACCGGACUGGAGACAUGCACCACUGGUCUGGUGCGAGGAGCAGGCACGGGCCGUACUGGACUGGAAACACGAACCACUGGUCUGGUGCGAGGAGCAGGCACAGGCCGUACCGGAUUGGAGACACGCACCACUGGUCUGCUGCGAGGAGCAGGCACGGGCCGUACCGGAUUGGAGACACGCACCACUGGUUUGGUGCGAGGAGCAGGAACGGGCCGUACCGGACUGGAGACACGCACCACUGGUCUGGUGCGAGGAGCAGGCACGGGCCGUACUGGACUGGAAACACGAACCACUGGUCUGCUGCGAGGAGCAGGCACGGGCCGUACCGGAUUGGAGACACGCACCACUGGUCUGCUGCGAGGAGCAGGCACGGGCCGUACCGGAUUGGAGACACGCACCACUGGUCUGGUGCGAGGAGCAGGCACGAUCCACAUUCAAAAUCACCUCCCUCACCAUACUGAUUAGCUACACAUAUUGCAUAGAACAGUUCCCAAACUGUGGGCCGGUGUUUUUUUAAGGAACUCAGUCCGGCUUUAAACUUACUCUUGAAAGUUGUUAUAGUAGAAUGCACAAGGUGCAAUUUCGAAAUUGGGUAGUGCAUCAUCAGUUUCUCUUGUCCUGUUAGUCAUUGCAUACCUUAGAGAGCUAUUUAUAACUUGUCAGAAAAGUCCAGAUCAAGCCCAUGUAAGGUCAUGUUUUCUUUUUUUUAGCCCAUAGAUAUUGGUGUAAUUUCUUUGUUACUCAAAUAUCACAUGAAUACACAGACAUUACAAAAUGUAUAGAAUUGCAAGAAAAUUAGCAUUAAAACUGCUAAAUGUUCUUUGCACCCCAUGACACAAUUUAUGGAAUUGCGGGGGGAGGGGGGGUGGGAUGAUCUCCAAUGCUGGAAAGGGGGCCCCCGAGUGAAAUUUUGGGAACCCCUGUAUAGAACAUUUAAUUAGACAUUCAAAUUGAGCUGACUUUACCGAUUUAAAUCAAGGGCAGUGGAAUAAUGAAUAACAAGCAUGGAGUGACAGAGCAUGACUUGAUUAGCAUCCAGUGUGCGAGAUAGACGUGGAUGCUGCUGGCAAUGACAGGAAGACAAAACCAGGCCUGGGGACACGAGUUAUCAGUGGCUGUUGUUCAACAUAAGAAGGACAGUCUGGAGAAUCUACAUGACAUUAAUACACCUCCACAACUGUGUGCCAAGCUGUAUGACGACUGACAAGUAUUUACUGCAGUGAUGCAUUGUCUAAUGAGAGGAUCGUGAAAAUUGAGUAAAAAAAAAAAAAAUUCACCAUCAUGUAAAUUGUAAUGUAUGGCCAAAAUAUCCCAAAGCUAGCAGUGGCUACAGUGUUAUGCGGAUGGUGUGUGUGUGUAUAUUAAAUGGUUAGUCAGUAGCCCUUUCACAUACUGUACUGUUCCCUGCUGAGAGGAGCUGAGUCACUCUUAUCUAACAAUCUGCAAACAUGUACAGUGAGGGAAAAAAGUAUUUGAUCCCCUGCUGAUUUUGUGCGUUUGCCCACUGACAAAGACAUGAUCAGUCUAUCAUUUUAAUGGUAGGUUUAUAUGAACAGUGAGAGACAGAAUAACAACAAAGAAAUCCAGAAAAACGCAUGUUAAAAAUGUUAUGAAUUGAUUUGCAUUUUAAUGAGGGAAAUAAGUAUUUGACCCCUCUGCAAAACAUGACUUAGUACUUGGUGGCAAAACCCUUGUUGGCAGACGUUUCUUGUAGUUGGCCACCAGGUUUGCACACAUCUCAGGAGGGAUUUUGUCCCACUCCUCUUAGCAGAUCUUCUCCAAGUCAUUAAAGUUUCGAGGCUGACGUUUGGCACUCGAACCUUCAGCUCCCUCCACAGAUUUUCUAUGGGACUAAGGUCUGGGGACUGGCUAGGCCACUCCAGGACCUUAAUGUGCUUCUUCUUGAGCCACUCCUUUGUUGCCUUGGCCGUGUAUUUUGGGUCAUUGUCAUGCUGGAAUACCCAUCCACGACCCAUUUUCAAUGCCCUGGCUGAGGGAAGGAGGUUCUCACCCAAGAUUUGACGGUACAUGGCCCCGUCCAUCUUCCCUUUGAUGCGGUGAAGUUGUCCUGUCCCCUUAGCAGAAAAACACCCCCAAAGCAUAAUGUUUCCACCUCCAUGUUUGAUGGUGGGGAUGGUGUUCUUGGGGUCAUAGGCAGCAUUCCUCCUCCAAACACGGCGAGUUGAGUUGAUGCCAAAGAGCUCGAUUUUGGUCUCAUCUGACCACAACACUUUCACCCAGUUCUCCUCUGAAUCAUUCAGAUGUUCAUUGGCAAACUUCAGACGGGCCUGUAUAUGUGCUUUCUUGAGCAGGGGGACCUUGCGGGCGAUGCAGGAUUUCAGUCCUUCACGGCGUCAUGUGUUACCAAUUGUUUUCUUGGUGACUAUGGUCCCAGCUGCCUUGAGAUCAUUGACAAGAUCCUCCCGUGUAGUUCUGGGCUGAUUCCUCACCGUUCUCAUGAUCAUUGCAACUCCACGAGGUGAGAUGUUGCAUGGAGCCCCAGGCCGAGGGAGAUUGACAGUUAUUUUUUGUUUCUUCCAUUUGCGAAUAAUCGCUAUUGUCACCUUCUCAACUAGCUGCUUGGCGAUGGUCUUGUAGCCCAUUCCAGCCUUGUGUAGGUCUACAAUCUUGUCCCUGACAUCCUUGGAGAGCUCUUUGGUCUUGGCCAUGGUGGAGAAUUUGGAAUCUGAUUGAUUGAUUGCUUCUGUGGACAGGUGUCUUUUAUACAGGUAACAAACUGUGAUUAGGAGCACUCCCUUUAAGAGUGUGCUCCUAAUCUCAGCUCGUUACCUGUAUAAAAGACACCUGGGAGCCAGAAAUCUUUCUGAUUGAGAGGGGGUCAAAUACUUUUUUCCCUCAUUAAAAUGCAAAUCAAUGUGUAACAUUUUUUACACACGUUUUUCUGGAUUUUUUUGUUGUUAUUCUGUCUCUCACUGUUCAAAUAAACCUACCAUUAAAAUUAUAGACUGAUCAUUUCUUUGUCAGUGGGCAAACGUACAAAAUCAGCAGGGGAUCAAAUACUUUUUUCCCUCACUGUACACACUGCAUGGAAUGCUCUUCUAUUGUCUGUACAUACACAUAUACAGUACAUGUAGGUUAACAAUAGGGGCUUUGCAGUUUCCAUUUACUUUGAAGGUUCUAGACACUGAAGGCCAGUAUAAAAUCAUACCACAGUAUAAAACAGUAUAUAAAAGACAGCUUGGUUCAGUUGAAAUUGACUACAUGGAUCAAAAUAUAAUUUUAUGGGGAAUAAAGACCAAAUCUGUUUUAUGAUGCUUGGCUUGGAAACAAGCAUACAUGGAAAGCAUAUUAAUCUCUGACAGAAACAUACCACAAAGGAGAACUGACCAUAUGCUAAGCACCAUGUGACCAAUCUAUUGAGUGUGAUUCAUGCGGUGUGGCAAAGAGAGACUGCUGUUUGAGGAAAUAUGACUUACCCUCAGCAGCAAAAACAUGGUGAAGGUCACCCCAGAGGUCAAACCACCCAGACCAAAACUCCAUCACCAUCUUGGGCUUCUGGGGCUAGAAGAAUGGGAAGGGGAAUGUUCAACAGAGAGGUACAAAAAAACUAAAUAUAUGUUACUCCUUGUAGACACAGUAUUUACUCCUUGAACAACAGGGACCCGUUUUUUUUAAGUUAUCGAUCGGAUUUUGGCAAUCGGAUCAUUUAAUCCUAGCCGAAAUCCGAUCAGAUAACUUCUGAAAAACUGGGCCCAGACUAUAGGCAUCUCAAGACUGUGGUUCAAAGCAAUUUAAUCUACAAGUAUCGGAUGAAACUGAGUAAUUGAUCAACUACAAUGCUGGAGCUGGAUAAAUCUAAUGAUAAAUAUUAGCAGACAAUCAUCUGAACACAACUCAAUACAUUCACUCACUUGAAUUGCAUCCAGAUACUUUAAUCCCUCUGGGCUCAGUUUCAGAAAAUUGAUGGUUUCUAGAACUAUUGACUUAAACGGAAAACAAAAACUGCUUUGCAUUUUAACAGAUUCUAUUUUUGUCUUGUUUUCUCUUAAUCUGUAUCUAUCUAAACAGCACAUUCACUCAUCUCAUCAGUCUCCUUUGUGUUUAGGCUUCAAGUGGAAAGGGAAUUAGUCAAGGAGCAGUUCUAAUGAAGCCUAACAGCAGCUGCCUGACCUUGGCACAGACAGAGCCCUUGUGUUUUGGGAGAAUACCAACUACAGUUCAGGCAGAGACUGCAGCGUCAGAUGGGCCAGAGGCUCUACUAUAGUGCAGCUGUCUGUCUGUCUGUUUGUCCAGUCAGUACAAUACCUCCAUUCACUCCCCCGUGCUUCAGUCCAUCCUGGUUGUCUGAGGUCAGGAGCAGCUCCUCAAUCCCCCUGGACAAUAGUGCCUAGAACAAGGAUCUCAUCUCAAUCAUGCUCAUAUUUCCAAGUAGAUAUCCUACUAUUGCAAAUGAAACUAGUUGUAGUGAAAUCAAGUGAAAGUGAUGCACAGUGUGUUUGCAUGUACGCGCGUGUGUGUGUAACAAAGCAGAUGCACUGCCUUACCUCCUUUAUGUAUGGCAUGUAUUCAACGUCUUUUGCAUAAGAGCCAUACUCGUUCUCCACUUGAACUGCUAUAAUUGGGGCCCCCUUGGAGUACUGAGCGUUUUCAAUAAUACAUCAAAUAAUGAAUGCAUAAUGACUGCAUUGAUUGUUAAUGUGCUUCAUAACACAGUGUGAGUUUAAUGGAUUUCCAAAUAUCUUUAAUCUGGUUAACCUAGUGGUACAUACUGGGAUAUUUCUGGACCAAUUACCCUUCCUAGAUUCAUUUAGAUGAUGAUCAGAGUCAGUCAAAUGACACUCAUUGAGGGGGAAAGCUCAGUAAAUAAAUGUUUUCGUUCUCUCUGUGUGUGAGCAAUAUCUGUUUUUCCACUUUGAUCUAUAAUCUAUAUUUAGCCACAUUACUAAGAAGGAAUGUGGGCCUGUCUACCCUUUUACAGAGACCUGACUGUAAACAUCAAUGUAGCUGAUUGACUAAAUGACUAGGCAAUGAAGGAAAUAACACCACAAUGGAAAUGAGCAUUACAAACAUGGAUGAGGAAAAAUGGAUGAGACGUCUUAUAGGGAUGGACCUAUCCAUACAGGGAGCUGAAACCAACCUGGGCUAAAAUAAUAAUAAUAAUAUGCCAUUUAGCAGACGCUUUUAUCCAAAGCGACUUACAGUCAUGCGUACAUACAUUUUUUUUUUUUGUGUGUAUGGUUGGUCCCGGGGAUCGAACCCACUACCUUGGCGUUACAAGUGCCGUGCUCUACCAGCUGAGCUACAGAUCUGGGAACAUCUAACCUGGGCAGCCCUCCUAAGUCCCAUUCAGCACAGAUGUAGGGUCCUGGCCGCAGAAUCACCCAGAGCCCCAACUCUGCUGCUAGGCUGAUGUAUGCCCUGAGAGACACAGAGAAAAGCAGAGAGACAAAGCUCAACAGCUCUAUCAAACAUUUUAAUCACAAAAUCAUAUAAAAAAAGUGGAAGUCUUCCUUACUUUAAAUCCAACUGGUCCUGGAAGUUGAAAACCCCCCUCUCUGGCUCAUGAAGGUUCCAUGGCACAUAUCUGAAAGAUAAACCAGUCAUUCUCAGUAUCUCUCCAUAGUAGAGCAGCAGUGAGUGGUGGUAUAAGAGGACAUGAGGUGUUCUGUGUGUCCCUACGUGGUGAGAGUGUUGACCCCACAGGCCCUCAUCUUCAGCAGCCGGUCCUCCCAGUAGGCUCUGGGGACGCGGAAGUAGUAGAUAGAGCCCCCCAGGAUGCGAAAGGGCUCUCCCUCCAGAGUGAACUGAGAGGAGUUGGCCCUCAGUCCCUCUUUCUGGCUCAUUCUCCCCACCUCUGGGUGUUGGCUGGAAGAAAAAGACAAACUGCUGGUCAACCCAGAAAGUUAGACUAAAUAGGAGUCAUAGGAACUAGACAAUGGCAUCUAAGGUGAGUAGCUAAGUAUUUAUAAUACUUGUCACAAGCAUACAAGACACACCCAACAGUUUUAGAUAAAUCAACAAAGCUUUUAGCAUAAGCUACAUGCAUGCUACUCCUCUUAUCUUACAAGAAUGCAAAUCUCUAUUUGAAUAUGAGGGAGACGUACAUAGUCAAUUGCUCACACUGUCCCACUGUGGAACAAGUACUGAACAGAGCCAUAACAAAUGGCAACAUACAAGCUAAGUGUUUGUCUACACAAGGUUAAUGUCCAUAGUAGGUGGGUCAGGUGAAAGUUCAUGAUGGGGUAAAUGAAAUAUAUAUUCCAUUAAUUAGACUAUGGAAAGUAUUGAUUGCAUAUUAUUUUUCUUCUUCUCACAUUUGUAUAGUCCUACCUCUUCUGUGUAAUAAUAUUUCACAAUCUGAUAACAUUUUGUCAUUAUGAAUUGUCUUUAAAGCAUUGCCUAUAAUACAUUUUCUUUAAAUAACCAGUUUGAAAAGGGUCCGUUUGGGAUACUGGUUGCCUAUUGAUGCAUUUGCAGGUCCAUGACAACAUGAGGAAAAACAACAACAAACAGGACAUAACUUUGCACAGACUCUCGAGCCCUGCCCAUAAAGUCUUACCACAGAUAGAACAAUGAGACAGAUAUUUCACCGGAUGUAUAAAUGUGAAACAUUCGCUUGCGUUUCCACUCACUACCAAAUAUGAUAGUGAGAGGAAGCCCAGUGGCCGGUAGUGGGAGAAGAUGGAAAGAGAUGGAUUUUGUCCGACAUUCUGCUAAGUUUCUCAUCAAUUAAACAUUUGAUCUCAAUACAGUUUUCUGUUCCCAAAACUAGAAUAUGUUACAAACAGGGUGCACUAAGUUUUGUAGACUUUACCCUUUGCCAAAGUUUUUAAAAAUUGCGAUGUUUAGAAGGAGUGUAAAGGCGAAUUGCGUUGUUGCGCCCUUUGCAGAGUAGGCGUUCCCUAACGGAAAUAUGCAAAUAUUGGCUAGAACGCACCAAUAGGAUCUCGCUAUCUCGUGCUUGGCUCUGCCCACUAUGACUCAUUUGUUUCAAUUUGACACGACAGACCUGUGGUUUAUCUUCGUUUAUUUAUAACAAUCUUUGGUCUUACCGUGUGAAUUGAAAGAUGAUAUAUCCGACGAUAAUAAAACCGAGAAUGGCAUACCGCCGUCUCCGUGUGAGAGACAGCCUGACGAUCAUGGAUGCAUUUAAAAAAUGUUACGAAUAACGAUGCAACGUUGCAACAGCUGCGUUGACAGCCCACGCCUUCAAAGACCCCGUGGCAGACAACACAUCACCGGAAGAACAGGCUAAUAAUACUGUAGUACGGGCGAUUCACUCAAGGGGAAAAUACAGGUGAGAGCUAUAGACCAUAAUGAAUUACAAUAUCAAUCUGCACAAAACUCCAAUCCUAAUGCAAGUGGAAAGGCUUACUGUUAGUUCUGACAAAGCCCACAGUGUUUCUCACUAGGUUAUCAUAAUUCGAUUUUCAGCAGGCAGUAGCCUUUACAUUGUGCGUUUUGGUAGUCGUAGUAUAUUGCUCGCCUUCAAUAGGCACUAUGAAACGGAUAGUUGUUAUAUAUUGUACCGACUGGUAGGCAAAACUAAUGUUUUGUCCUUACAACCAAAAUCAGUAAAAAGACAGGUCAGGCGAACUUGCAAGACCGGAAUCAUACCAUUUGGCGUCAUAGCCUACUGUUUACACUAGAUUGUAAUGGGAAAAGGCGCAAUUUAUUUUACCCAUGUAACUUUCAAACUCUCACGCACACACGCUGAACUGCAGCCAUCACAUUCUUGCUCGGCCCAACUGUCCGCAAGAUGACGCUAUUAUUCCUGACGUCUUUUUCUUUUUCUUCUUUAGUUUAACGGCGGUUGGCAUCCAAUAAAUGUUGCAUUACCGCCACCUACUAGACUGGACUAAACUCCCUUAAACUUUGCUUGAAAAAAGACAACUAGAUCAACAAAUACCCUACCGUCUAACCCUACACUCAUUAAAAACCCACCACUCUACUGAACUAUUUAAACCUAUCUAGUCCUACCUCAGGCCAACAACCUGAAAGGAUGGGACACCACCAUUCAACACACCCUGUAACUAUUCUAACGUCAAAUCUCGUACACCCAAAUACUUCUCUGCAGCUGCCACCACAACCUCUAUUUUCUGCGACUUACGUUCCAUCCCUGCAAUUCCUGACUUUGUUUGUCAGCUUCAACCUUUAUGCUGUACUAUAUUAUACUGGUGACGAUGUCUCAUAGUGAUUUUCUUGAAGGUCUAUGUCCCUAGAGUUGGUAAAUGUGUGAUAGCAGUGCAGCAAUGACAGCUUUCUCUGUGUUGUCACUCUUUCAUCCCUCCAUCCCAUUCAUUUUUCCCAUAGGGAUUGUUUACCCUAUGACAAACAAUGCCAGUAUACAACAAGUUAUUGCUCAUGUAUACCCUUUAAUCAUAUAUCAUUUUGAAAGCUUCGACUCACAGCUAUCCAUCAGACACAUUUUCGGAAUGUUGUAUAAAUUACUUUAAAAGGAAAUGCUGAUACAUUUUCAACUUUGUUUGACAAGUGGUUCUGAGAGGUCAUGAAAUGACCUUCAAAUGAUAUAAUAUAACCAACUUUGAAACACCAACUACAACUAUUUUUAAAAAUCAUGAAUGAAUCAUGAAUAAUGAUGAGUGAGAAAGUUACAGACACACAAAUAUCAUACCCCUCUAAAAAUGCUAACCUCCCCUGUUAUUGUAAUGUUUAAAGGUUAGCAUGUCUUUGGGGUAUGAUAUUUGUGCGUCUGUAACUUUCUCACUCAUCAUUAUUCAUGAUUCAUUCAGGACUAUCCGUAAUCAUGGUAGCCCCCGUAAUCAGCCGGUGCCCCCGCACAUUGACUCUGCACCGGUACCCCCCUGUAUAUAUAGCCUCCCAACUGUUAUUUUAUUUUACUUCUGCUCUUUUUUUCUCAACACUUUUUUUGUUGUUUUCUUUGUACUUUUUUUGUUAAAAAUAAAUGCACUGUUGGUUAAGGGCUGUAAGUAAGCAUUUCACUGUAAUGUCUGCACCUGUUGUAUUCGGCGCAUGUGACCAAUACAAUUUGAUUUGAUUAAUGUAGAACUGUUUAGAAACAUAUUAUAUUCUUAUUUACAAUAAAUGUGACUCCAAAAUGACAAUACAUUAUUUACCAUUCAUUUCUAUUGGGCACAAAAUAAUCUGAAACACAACCAAAACAAACAGUAAAUGCAUCCAACAAGUUUGUUGAGUCACAAGAUUGAUGUGAUCAUUGUGUGCUAGGAAUAUGGGACCAAAUACUAAACUUUUGACUACUUUAAUACACAGAUAAUUUAAUUUGUUCCAAUACUUUUGGUCCCUUAAAAUGGGGGUACUAUGUACAAAAAGUGCUGUGAUUUCUAAACAGUUCACCCGAUAUGGAUGAAAAUGCCCUCAAAUUAAAUCUGACAGUCUGCACUUUAACCUCAUAGUCAUUGUAUUGUAUUGGCAUUCCUAUGGAAUUGUACAAGUUUCCAGUCCUCUGUUUUAUAAAAACAGUUAAUAGGAUAACAUUGUAUAUCAUUUUAAUCAGCUCACAUCAAUGACUAUUCACAUGUACAUAGACAUUUUACAUCUUUUUGGGCACAUUCUUACCACAAUUCAGUGAAUACUUUAACGUCUUUAUAUAUCUGGCACACCUGGCAUAUUUGAUUGUGCUUUCUACAUCACUAUUAACAUUUUAAGAUAUUAUUGGGCAUACUACAAUUAGGCCUAUAUUUCAAACAUACAGGUAUAGUCAUGCGAAAUUGAUUAAAUAAGACCCCAUUGAAUUGUUUGCCGGCCAUAUUGGGAAAAGGCUUCUGUGGGGUUAAUGCAUGAAUCCUGUGAUGACCCUCUACAGUGCCUUGCAAAAGUAUUCAUCACCCUUGGUGUUUUAUCUAUUUUGUUGCAUUACAACCUGUAAUUUAAAUAGAUUUUUAUGUGUAUUUCAUGUAAUGGACAUACACAAAAUAGUCCAAAUUGGUGAAGUGAAAUGAAAAAAAAUAACUUGUUUCAAACAAUUCUAAAAAAUAAAUAACGGAAAAGUGGUGCGUGCAUAUGUAUUCACCCCCUUUAGUAUGAAGCCCCUAAAUAAGAUCUGGUGCAACCAAUUACCUUCAGAAGUCACAUAAUUAGUUAGAUUGCACACACAUUGACUUUAUUUAAGUGUCAGAUGAUCUGUCACAUGAUCUCAGUAUAUAUACACCUGUUCUGAAAGGCCCCAGAGUCUACAACACCACUAAGCAAGGGGCACCACCAAGCAAGCGGCACCAUGAAGACCAAGGAGCUCUCCAAAUAGGUCCGGGACAAAGUUGUGGAGAAGUACAAAUCAGGGUUGGGUUAUAAAAAAAAAUAUCUGAAACUUUUAACAUCCCACAGAGCACCAUUAAAUCCAUUAUUUAAAAAUGGAAAGAAUAUGGCACCACAACAAACCUGCCAAGAGAGGGCCGCCCACCAAAACUCACAGACCAGGCAAGGAGGGCAUUAAUCAGAGAGGCAACAAAGAUACCAAAUAUAACAAUGAAGGAGCUGCAAAGCUCCACAGCGGAGAUUGGAGUAUCUGUCCAUAGGACCACUUUAAGCCGUCUUUAUGGAAGAGUGGCCAGAAAAAAGCCAUAAAAAGCCAUUGCUUGAAGAAAAAAACAAGCAAACACGUUUGGUGUUCGCCAAAAGGCAUGUGGGAGACUCCCCAAACAUAUGGAAGAAGGUACUCUGGUCAGAUGAGACUAAAAUUGAGCUUUUUGGCCAUCAAGGAAAACUCUGUCUGGCACAAACCCAACACCUCUCAUCACCCUGAGAACACCAUCACCACAGUGAAGUAUGGUGGUGGCAGCAUCAUGCUGUGGGGAUGUUUUUCAUCGGCAGGGACUGGGAAACUGGUCAGAAUUGAAGUAAUGAUGGAUGGCGCUAAAAACAGGGAUAUUCUUGAGGGAAACCUGUUUCAGUCUUCCAGAGAUUUGAGACUGGGACAGAGAUUCACCUUCCAGCAGGACAAUGACCCUAAGCAUACUGCUAAAGCAACACUCGAGUGGUUUAAGGGGAAACAUUUAAAUGUCUUGGAAUGGCCUAGUCAAAGCCCAGGCCUCAAUCCAAUUGAGAAUCUGUGGUAUGACUUAAAGAUUGCUGUACACCAGCGGAACCCAUCCAACUUGAAGGAGCUGGAGCAGUUUUGCCUUGAAGAAUGGGCAAAAAGCCCAGUGGCUAGAUGUGCCAAGCUUAUAGAGACAUACCCCAAGAGACCUGCAGCUGUAAUUGCUGCAAAAGGUGGCUCUACAAAGUAUUGACUUUGAGGGGGUGAAUAGUCUUUUUUUUUUUUUUUCUUAUUUCUUGUUUGUUUCACAAUAAAAAAUAUUUUGCAUCUUCAAAGUGGUAGGCAUAUUGUGUAAAUCAAAUGAUACAAACCCCCCAAAAAUCCAUUUUAAUUCCAGGUUGUAAGGCAACAAAAUAGGAAAAAUGCCAAGGGGGGUGAAUACUUUCGCAAGCCACUGUAUCUGCAAAUCUUUUUUAAAUCCUGUUCUAGCUGUGUGUGUGCAAUUUGGAGAUUCUAUCACCAAAGUUACAAUCCAAAACAUUAGCCACUACAUGGAAUUCUAUGGCUAAGCUUCCAACAUUUUAAUGUCAAUGGCAAAAUUUGGUCUAUUUUUAAACAAUAUUUGUAGGUGGUGCUUUCAAAGUUGGUUAUAUUAUAUAUAAUUUGAAAGGUAAUUUCAUGGCCUUUAGGAACCACUUGUCAAACAAAGUUUCAAAUGUAUCAGGGUUUAUUUUUUAAAGCAAUUUAUACUAGUAAUUCUGAUUUGUACCGUAGAGGUCAAAGUUCUGUUGGCCUGAACAUUCCGAAAAUGUGUCUGAUGGAUAAUUGUGAAUGAUACAGUGCAUUCGGAAAGUAUUCAGACCCCUUGACUUUUUCCACAUUUUGAUUAAAUUGUUUUUUUUCCCCCUCAUCAAUCUACACACAAUACCCCAUAAUGACGAAGCAAAAAACGUUUUUUAUUUUCUUUGAGCAAAUUAUAAAAUUAAAAUAAACGGAAAUAUUACAUUUACAUAAGUAUUCAGAACCUUUACUCAGUACUUUGUUGAAGGACCUUUGGCAGCGAAUACAGCUUUGAUUAGUCUCAGGUAUGACGUUGCAAGAUUGGCACACCUGUAUUUGAGGUGUUUCUUCCAUUCUUCUCUGCAGAUUCUCUCAAGCUCGGUCAGGUUGGAUGGGGAGCGUCGCUGCACAGCAAAUUUUCAGGUCUCUCCUGAGAUGUUCAAGUCCGGGCUCUGGCUGGGCCACUCAAGGACAUUCAGAGACUUGUACCGAAGCGACUCCUGCGUUGUCUUGGCUGUGUGCUUAGGGUCAUUGUCUUGUUGGAAGGUGAACCUUCACCCCAGUCUAAGGUCCUGAGCGCUCUGUAGCAGGUUUUCAUCAAGGAUCUCUCUGCACUUUGCUCCAUUAAUCUUUCCCUUGAUCCACUCUACCAAAAAGGCCUGAUUGGUGGAGUGCUGCAAAGAUGGUUGUCCUUCUGGAAGGUUCUCCCAUCUCCACAGAGGAAAUCUGGAGCCUCCUUGACCAAGGCCCUUCUUCCACGAUUGCUCAGUUUGGCCGGGCGGCCAGCUCUAGGAAGAGUCUUGGUGGUUCCAAACUUCUUCCAUUUAAGAAUGAUGGAGGCCACUGUGUUCUUGGGGACCUUCAAUGCUGCAGAAAUGUUUUGGUACCCUUCCCCAUAUCUGUGCCUCGACACAAUCCUGUCUCGGAGCUCCACGGACAAUUCCUUCGACCUCAUGGCUUGGUUUUUGCUCUGACAUGCACUGUCAACUGUGGGACCUUAUAUGUGCCUUUCCAAAUCAUGUCCAAUCAAUUGAAUUUACCACAGGUGGACUCCAAUCAAGUUGUAGAAACAUCUCAAGGAUGAUCAAUGGAAACAGGAUGCAACUGAGCUCAAUUUCAAGUCUCAUAGCAAACGGUGUGAAUACUUAUGUAAAUAAGGUAUUUCAUAAAAAAAAAAAUAUAUAUAUAUAUAAAUACAGAUAUGCAUCUGUUGGUCCCAGAUACUUUAAAAAGGAAAGGGUGUGGUCUGGAUCAGAAAACCAGUCAUUAUCUGGUGUAACCACCAUUUUCCUCAUGCAGCGCGACACAUCUCCUUCGCAUAGAUUUGAUCAGUCUGUUGAUUGUGGCCUGUGGAAUGUUGUCCCCCUCCUCUUCAAUGGCUGUGCGAAGUUGCUGGAUAUUGGCGGGAAUUGGAACACCCUGUCGUACACGUCGAUCCAGAUCAUCCCAAACAUGCUCAAUGGGUGACAUGUCUGGUGAGUAUGCAGGCCAUGGAAGAUCUGGGACAUUUUCAGUUUCCAGGAAUUGUGUACAGAUCCUUGCGACAUGGGGACGUGCUUUAUCAUGCUGAAGCGUGAGGUGAUGGCGGCGGAUGAAUAGCACGACAAUGGGCCUCAGGAUCUGGUCACGGUAUCUCUGUGCAUUCAAAUUGCCAUCGAUAAAAUGCAAUUGUGUUCGUUGUCCAUAGCUUAUACAUGCCCAUACCAUAACCCCACCACCACCAUGGGGCCCUCUGUUCACAGCAUUGACAUCUGCAAACCGCUCGCCCACACGACGCCAUACACACUUUCUUCCAUCUGCCCGGUACAGUUGAAACCAUGUUUCAUCCGUGAAGAGCACACUUCUCCAGCGUGCCAGUGGCCAUCGAAGGUGAGCUUUUUCUUGCUGAAGUCGGUUACGACGCCAAACUGCUGUCAGGUUAAGACCCUGGUGAGGACAACGAGCACACAGAUGAGCUUCCCUGAGAUGGUUUCUGACAGUUUGUGCAGAAAUUAUUCGGUUGUGCAAACCUCCAGUUUCAUCAACUGUCCAGGUGGCUGGUCUCAGACAAUCCCGCUGGUGAAGAAGCCAGAUGUAGAGGUCCUGGGCUGGCGUGGUUACACAUGGUCUGCGGUUGUGAGGCUGGUUGGACGUAUUGCCAAAUUCACUAAAGCGACGUUGGAGGCAGCUUAUGGUAGAGAAAUUAACAUUCAAUUCUCUGGCAACAGCUCUGGUGGACAUUCCUGCAGUUAGCAUGCCAAAUGCACACCCCCUCAACUUGAGACAUCUGUGGCAUUGUCUUGUGUGACAAACAUUUUAGAAUGUCCUUUUAUUGUUCCCAGCACAAGGUGCACAUGUGUAAUGAUCAUACUGUUUAUCAGCUUCUUGAUAUGCCACAACUGUCAGGUGGAUGGAUUAUCUUGGCAAAGGAGAAAUGCUCACUAACAGGGAUGUAAACAAAUUUGUGCACAACAGUUGAGAGAAAUGAGCUUUUUUUUGCGUAUGGAACUUUUCUGGGAUCUUUUAUUUCAGCUCAUAAUACAUGGGACCAACACUUUACAUGUUGCGUUCAGUAUACUAUGGCUUCACAAAAAGAACAGCCGUGUUCUGAAGCAACAAUGGUUUCCAUUGUUCAUACCAUUCUAGGCCUUUCUUCAUUGUUCUCCAUUCGUUCAAGCCUUCAACGCGAGCUCUGCUUCAGUAGAUAGGUAUAAGCUAUACUGAAAAUUAUUUCAGCUUUAGACUUUGUGAAAAUCAACGUACACGGUAAGAUUCUUGAAUUUGACAUUAGUUGAGAUUGGUCAAUCUGCAUAAGGAUAUUGUGUUGAAUUGACUGACUUAGAUUAACAGCCUAUAUUAUGACCAGAAUUGAUAGCUAUCAUCAUACAGUACAUUACAAGUUGUAUGCAUUUAUUAGUCACUACACAGUCUCUCUAAUUAUUGUCUUAAGUGUGAUUAUUCAUAACAUUCAUAAGAGAUCCAGACAAUGUAAUAUUGACCAACAAUCUGAAGUUGACCAGCGCUUUGUCUUUUCCUUGCAGCCUGAGGUGAGGAGAAUGAGCCAGAAAGAGGGACUGAGGGCCAACUCCUCUAAAUUCACUCUGGAGGGAGAGCCCUUUCGCAUCCUGGGGGGCUCUAUCCACUACUUCCGCGUCCCCAGAGCCUACUGGGAGGACCGGCUGCUGAAGAUGAGGGCCUGUGGGGUCAACACUCUCACCACGUAGGGACACACAGAACACCUCAUGUCCUCUUAUACCACCACUCACUGCUGCUCUACUAUGGAGAGAUACUGAGAAUGACUGGUUUAUCUUUCAGAUAUGUGCCAUGGAACCUUCAUGAGCCAGAGAGGGGGGUUUUCAACUUCCAGGACCAGUUGGAUUUAAAGUAAGGAAGACAUUGAUAUGUUUGAUAGAGCUGUUGAGCUUUGUCUCUCUGUUUUUCUCUGUGUCUCUCAGGGCAUACAUCAGCCUAGCAGCAGAGUUGGGGCUCUGGGUGAUUCUGCGGCCAGGACCCUACAUCUGUGCUGAAUGGGACUUAGGAGGGCUCCCCAGGUUGUUUCCAUUACUUUAAGCCUUUAACUUUGUAGUCCAAUUUUACACAAGUCAACAUGUUGAAUGUCCAAUGAGACAGCCUUAUAACGGUUAUUUUCCUUUCAGCUGGCUGUUACGUGACAAAAACAUGAAGUUGAGAACAACCUACCCUGGCUUCACAGAAGCAGUGACCUCUUUCUUUGACGAACUCAUCCCAAUCAUUAAGCCUCUACAAGUAUGUAAAUAAGUUACCUUAUUAUCCAAGUUAUCAAGUCCUGAUAUCUGUUAGAGAGGUUCGCAGGGGCAUUAGUGGGCUAGCUGUCAAUAAAUGUUGUCCUCUUUGUUUUACAGUUUGAAGUGGGAGGCCCCAUCAUUGCAGUUCAAGUGGAGAAUGAGUAUGGCUCAUAUGCAAAGGAUGAACGAUACAUGUCUUUUAUAAAGGAGGUACUUUGAUACUGUACUGUUUCUCACCAUCUGCAUCAUACUGUAUGCCCAGUAUAGACUUUUGCAGUGACCUCUAAAUGUAUAGUAAAACUGUACUCUCAUUUGGCAGGCUCUACUAUCCAGAGGGAUCAAUGAACUUCUGCUGACAUCAGACAACCGGGAGGGGCUAAAAUGUGGAGGAGUGGACGGAGGUAAUGAAUUUCUAUUGCUAGAUCUUGAGAUUUGGUAAUUUACAUUUACAUUUAAGUCAUUUAGCAGACGCUCUUAUCCAGAGCGACUUACAAAUUGGUACAUUCAACUUAGGAUAGCCAGUGGGACAACCACAUCUUGAUCACAGUAAGUACAUUUCUUUAAACAAGUCAGUGCUAGCAGGUGAAAUAAGUCAGGUGUUAGUUUAGACAAAAGACAGUGGUAGUAAAGGGGGGGUAGAAGGAUUAGUAUUAUACUAUUCCAGGUAUUCCUUAAAGAGGUAGGGUUUCAAGUGUCUCCGGAAGGUGGUCAGUGACUCUGCUGUCCUGGCGUCAUGGGGGAGCUUGUUCCACCAUUGGGGUGCCAGAGCAGCGAAUAGCUUUGACUGGGCUGAGCGGGAACUGUGCUUCCGUAGAAGUAGGGGGGCUAGCAGGCCAGAGGUGGAUGAACGUAGUGCCCUCGUUUGGGUGUAGGAUCAGAGACUGAAGGUAAGGAGGUGCCGUUCCCCUCACAGCUCCGUAGGCAAGCACCAUGGUUUGGUAGUAGAUGCGAGCUUCAACUGGAAGCCAGUGGAGUGUGCGGAGGAGCGGGGUGACGUGAGAGAAUUUGGGAAGGUUGAACACCAGACGGGCUGCAGCGUUCUGGAUAAGUUGCAGGGGUUUAAUGGCACAGGCAGGGAGCCCAAGCCAACAGCGAGUUGCAGUAAUCCAGACGGGAGAUGACAAGUGCCUGGAUUAGGACCUGUGCCGCUUUCUGUGUAAGAUAGGGUCGUACUCUGCGAAUGUUGUAGAGCAUGAACCUGCAGGAUCGGGUACACCGCUUUGAUGUUAGCAGAGAACGACAGGGUGUUGUCCAGGGUCACGCCAAGGUUCUUUGCACUCUGGGAGGAGGACACAAUGGAGUUGUCAACCGUGAUGGCGAGAUCAUGGAGCGGGCAGUCCUUCUCCGGGAGGAAGAGCAGCUCCGUCUUGCCGAGGUUCAGCUUGAGGUAGUGAUCCGACAUCCACACUGAUAUGUCUGCCAGACAUGCAGAGAUGCGAUUCGCCACCUGGUUAUCAGAAGGGGGAAAGGAGAAAAUGAAUUGUGUGUCGUCUGCGUAGCAAUGAUAGGAGAGACCAUGUGAGGAUAUGACAGAGCCAAGUGACUUGGUGUAUAGAGAGAAUAGGAGAGGGCCUAGAACUUAGCCCUGGGGGACACCAGUGGUGAGAGCACAUGGUGCGGAGACAGAUUCUCGCCACGCCACCUGGUAGGACACAAUCCAAGAGUGAGCAGCGCCGGAGAUGCCCAACUCGGAGAGGGUGGAGAAGAGGAUCUGAUGGUUCACAGUAUCAAAGGCAGCAGAUAGGUCUUGAAGGAUAAGAGCAGAGGAGAGAGAGUUAGCUUUGGCAGUGCGGAGAGCCUCCGUGACACAGAGAAGAGCAGUCUCAGUUGAAUGACCAGUCUUGAAACCUGACUGGUUAGGAUCAAGAAGGUCAUUUUGAGAGAGAUAGCAGGAGAGUUGGCUAGAGACUGCACGCUCAAGAGUUUUGAAGAGAAAAUAAAGAUGGGAUACUGGUCUGUAGUUGUUGACAUCGGAGGGAUCGAGUGUAGGUUUUUUGAGGGGUGCAACUCUAGCCCUCUUGAAGACAGAAGGGACAUAGCCAGCGGUCAAGGAUGAGUUGAUGAGCGAGGUGAGGUAAGGGAGAAGGUCUCCGGAAAUGGUCUGGAGAAGAGAGGAGGGGAUAGGGUCAAGCGGGCAGGUUGUUGAGCGGCCGGCCAUCACAAGUCGCAAGAUUUCAUCCAGAAGGGGUGAGCCAUCCUCAGGAAAGGAACUUAUCAAGGCGUCAAGCUCAUUGAUGAACUCUCCAAGGGAACAUAAUCAAGCAGGAUCCUUCCAAGACUAUUAGUUGACAUGUACAGUAUAGCACAUCGCUGUGCCAUUUGAUUUCAAUAGAGUAAUGAUGCUGCUAGAAAAUAUCCUUAUUUAGUCUACCUUUGUUUUACUUGAACCCCUCCUCUUUUAAGUUCUCAAGACGGUAAACCUUCAAAGACUGGCCUAUGGAACCAUACAAUAUUUAUCAUACCUGCAGGUAAUGAUUCUCUAUUUUCUUCUAUUGUGUCUUGCAUCUGAGAAAACAUAGUGGUCCAAAGGCUAAGUGUGACUUUGCCCUUACUGUAGCCCCAGAAACCUCUGCUUGUAAUGGAGUACUGGUCUGGGUGGUUCGAUGUCUGGAGUGAAUCUCACCAUGUGUUUCCAGCAGAGGGUAAGUUUAAUUACAAACUAGGUUAAGAUCAUGUCAUAUUUACAUUUUAGUCAUUUAGCAGACGCUCAUUUAGCAGACUUACAGUAGUGAGUGCAUACUUUUUCAUUUUUUGCUUGUAUUGGUCCCCCGUGGGAAUUGAACCCACAACCCUGGCGUUGCAAGUGCCAUGCUCUACCAACUGAGCCACAUGGGACCAUCCAUCCAUCAAUCUAAGGACUGUAUGAGUGGCCACCGUCUAGCAUUGAUUCUGUCUCCUCCUCUGAUAGACAUGUUGGCUGUGGUGUCACAGAUACUGGAGCGAGGUGUAUCCAUCAACCUCUAUAUGUUCCAUGGUGGAACCAGCUUUGGGUUCAUGAAUGGAGCUGUGGCAAACCUUGGCACCUACAAACCUCAGGUCGGCAGCUAUGGUAGGUUUUAUGUAUCCUAUGAACGGACAUUUCCCAAAUGUAAUAUUACUUGCAAAGAAAAACGUUGUCAUCUGGAUCUUUUUUUUUUUUUUAGAUUAUGAUGCUCCGUUAUCCGAGGCCGGAGAUUACACCACCAAGUAUCAGCUCUUGAGGAAUUUAUUCAGCCAGUUUCACAGUAUGCUUUCUCUUUCAAACAUUCACAUACAAUACUAUUUGCGUUUUGGAAAACAACAGGCACCAUAUGUCAUUUGAGAAAAUGUCUAACUUGGCACAUGUAUCUGUGUGACUCAGGUGAGAAGCUUCCUGAGGCUCCUUCUCUCCAGGCCAGGAGAGUGUAUGAGCCUGUCGUCAUUCAGCAGCAUCUGUCACUGUGGGAGAGCCUGCAGUUUACUGAGAAGGUGAGCAGCUAGGGGCCAAGUAGCAUGCUGUCUACUGUGACCUGGCAAUGCUCUAUCUCUUCAAGGGUUGAUGUUGAUUCCAUAAUGGUCUUAAUUUAAUUGAAUGCACUACAUUGAAUUGUUUCAUCAUCAAGCCCUUGAAGUCAGAGGGGCCUGUCAACAUGGAGAACCUUCCUGUCAACAAUAACAAUGGUCAGUCCUAUGGCUACACUCUAUAUGAGACCACCAUCAGCAGUGGAGGCCUUCUGAACUCCAAGAAAAAUGUUAAAGACAGGGCCCUGGUGAGUACAGACAGACACAGCUAAAUGGCAUGAAUGUACUAUACUGAAUGGUGCACACCGUAUGACAAUACAUCAUUUGUACUAAUAAAGUUGGCUUGUCUUCUAGGUGUUUGUGGACAGACACUUUGUUGGAAUCCUGGACUAUAAAACGGUGGAGUUUGCACUGCCUGAUGGGAAGGUAUGGUGAUACUCUGCAUUUAGAUUCAGGCUAUAGGUGUGCUGCUUUCUAAACUGGCUAGUUAAUAUUCAACACCAUGUUAGAGGUGAAAGCUUCUGGUGAUGCUGAUAAAUGCGUUUGUUACUGAGGUGCCAGGAUGAUGCCAACAGAAAGUUUUCAGACAAACGUUGUUCUAACAAAGAGGAAUCACAAUCACUAACUUUGCACCUGCCUGUUAAUGGAAAACAAGUCCAUGCUGCUUAUCCUAUAGCACAGCGGAAGAUUGGACUUGAUCAAUUACUCUCUGCAGUCCAACUGAAAGCCACGUUUCCUCUAUUGUCUCUGGGUACUAUGCAUUGUUGACUGUAGUGCUUCAAUUAGUGGUUUCCACAUGUUUUAUGUAUUUUCCAUUGAAGGGGGAGAGAACAUUGAGUUUACUUGUGGAGAACUGUGGAAGAGUGAAUUAUGGGAAAGCCCUGGAUGAUCAGCGUAAAGGUAUGCUAUUCUUAGUUACUACCACUUUAACAAUCAGAAUUCCAUGGCAGAAAGCAUAUGUUGAAGGAACUGUAGACCUUCAGGUGUAAUCCUUCAUUGCUGUGACAACUGUACAUAGUCAUUAAAGUGGAUAGACCUGAAUUCUCAACAAAUAGCGACAGUAUCCAUGAGGUCUUGGAAUAAUUGUAUUGUUACUCGCCCAUGCAGCUCUUAAUCUUUAGUCACAUAUCACCCUGUUCUAGGUCUGGUGGGAGACAUUGUAUUGAACCACGUGCCUCUGAAGGGCUUUACAAUCUACUGUUUGGAUAUGAAACCAAACUUCCUAAAGAGGUUUGUCCUGAUCAUUUAAUUUAUACAUUCUGACUCUUACAGUUUAUCAUUUAAGUGAUAAUGCCCGAAAAGCCGGUGUUUGGAGGAUAUAUUGGCACAGGUGUUGUUAGGCAGCACACCUAUAGCUUGAAUCUAAACGCACCGGCUUUGAGGGCAUUAUUACUUUUAUACAACGGGUUUCCAACAUAUUCAAAUAAUGAUUGACAUAUUUUCAUAAACUUUAUUUUGAUUAAUUAAUUUAUACUAUUUCAUCCUUCCACGAGAUAUAGUCCUGACACAAAUCUAGAAUUGCUACCCAAGCCAGCUAGUCAUUCGUUCUAUCGGCUCGCUUGCCAGAGAUGCGACCCAGUUGUUACGUUUUUUUGUUCUGUAUCUAUGGACGCGACCCAAUCGUUCGUUCUAAAUGUUCUAUUGCCGUACUGGCUGGCAACGUUCUUAUCCCUUGCUUGCUAGCUAGCCAACUACGGCUAAUUUACAGUCACAUCAAACAGUGCAGCCAGAAUAACAGCAAAGUAGCUGCAUUUGCAUUUGUUUAAGCUGUUUUCUUGUGACAUUUAUUUGGAUACAUUCAUAAGAAUGAGCUACUGCUGCUCGAUUUCACCUGUCAUAGAAAAUGUGCGCUCUCAUCAGGACACUGUUGUUCAGAGGAGCUAGCCAACAACACAGCUAACACAAUCACUUCAAACUGAAGCUGGAAAGACUACAAACUAGCUGCAUUCGUUUAGUUUUACCUGUUUUUUUGUAUUGACAUUUCUUUGUAUAGGUCCAUAAAAAUUAUGCUGAUUCAUGAUUUCGACUGGCUGAGAAAAGCUGCCUGCCUGUCUGUCUCAUCCCGCAUUCCGACUCCUACACAUUCAUUACUAUGGGACAGCUGGAGAUCGAAUUUCAAUAUUGAAACAAUGUUGCAAAUGUCAGAGAGACAGACUGCAUGUUUUAUACAAAUCUCCGCUACUGAAAACCAAUUGCUAGUCUAAAAGAAAUGGGAGAUAAUGUCUAGAUGCUUUUUACAGUGGAGAUCAAGUUUAUAAAUUGUCUGGUUGGGCUGAGACAGUGGAUCGCGUAGUGAGAUGGAACAGAGUAAAUAGGCAUUUCAACGUCAUAGCUUUCGCUGGUGGUAACUUGUGGAAUAGACACUGGCUGGAAUACGGUUUUAACCAACCAGGAUUAGACCCACCCGUUGUAUAACUGUUGUCAUUGUACGUUUAACUGGCAUAUCAGGUUGUCUUAAAGGCCCAGUGCAGUCAUAAACAGUAUUAUUCUGUGUUUUAUACAGUACCAGUCAACAUUUUGGACACGUCUACUCAUUCAAGGGUUUUUCAUUAUUUUUACAUUGUAGAAUAAUAGUGAAGACAUCAAAACUAUGAAAUAACACAUAUGGCAUCAUGUAGUAACCAAAAAAGUGUUAAACAAAUCAAAAUAUAUGUUAUAUUUGAGGUUCUUCAAAGUAGCCACCCUUUGCCUUGAUGACAGCUUUGCACACUCUUGGCAUUCUCUCAACCAGCUUCAUGAGGUAGUCACCUGGAAUGCAUUUCAAUUAACAGGUGUGCCUUGUUAAAAGUUAAUUUGUGGAAUUUCUUUCCAUCUUAAUGCGUUUGAGCCAAUCAAUUGUGUUGUGACAAGGUAGGGUUGGUAUACAGAAGAUAGCCCUAUUUGGUAUAAGACCAAUUCCAUAUUAUGGUAAGAACCGCUCAAAUAAGCAAAGAGAAACAACAGUCCAUCAUUACUUCAAGACAUGACGGUCAGUCAAUCCCGAAAAUUUCAAGAACUUUGAAAGUUUCUUCAAGUGCAGUUGCAAAAACCAUCAAGCACUAUGAUGAAACUGGCUCUCAUGAGGACCGUCACAGGAAAGGAAGACCCAGAGUUAAAUCUGCUGCAGAGGAUACGUUUUAGAGUUAACUGCACCUUAGGUUGCAGCCCAAAUAAACCGCUGUGUCUUUGUGAGACGCAUAGUAGGUGAACGGAUGAUCUCUGCAUUAGGGGUGGACGAUAUGAACAUAAAUUCAUAUCACAAUAUUUUCCACUGUCCGGACGAUAAAGAUAUAAUAUCACGAUAUACUGUACGAUUUGUUUAAAAAAAUGUAUGAGCCCUUCAAAGUUAAUAAAUGACAAAAUAUUGCUUUUAACAUUAUAGAAACAGAAAGGGGGCAUUGCAAAAUGUUUACUUCUGUGGUAAAUCUGUGCAAACAUGAAACAAACAAAGUUAUGAGUUAAAUAAAAAAUAUAAAUAUUUAAAGUACUCGGGAUGUAAAGAGAAUGUGGGGAAGAAAUUCCUGCCAAAUAUAAGUAGUGCAGUCUUUUUUUCAGCAUAAAAUUCAAGUUGUAAACCUUUUCAAACUAACUUCUUCAAGCAUUAACCAGACAGUCUGUAUGUUUCUCAGUUCACAAUGUAACAAUUCACUGCCUCCCUCUUCACAAGUUCUGUGCCAGGAACAUCAGCCUAUUGACAGUUUCUGGCUUCAAAGUUGCCCUGUGGCGUGUGACCACAUUGCCCCCAGUGCUAAAUGCUAUCUCAGAGGGUGAACUUGUGGCAGGGACGCAUAAGUAUUUAUUUGUCAGACAACUCACCUGUGGGAAGUUGGAUGCGUGAACUCGCCACCACUCCAAAGGAUCAGCCUCACUGUCUGCUGCAAUCAUCAGAGUGUAGCUGUCCAGCUCUUGCUCGAUGACCUGUCUCUGGGUUCUUAAGGCAGGUGCACUACUGGUUUUCUUAAAGCUCCCAAGGCUCUUCUUGGACUUAUUUGCUGGUUGUGGAGCAGUGGCAGCUUCUUUCUCUCUCUCACUCUGGACCUCUUCAACAGAGAAGUCUCCCACGGCUGUGUUCCCUACCAGGAGGGCUUCUAUCUCUGAGGCAGCUCUCACCUUCACCUCCACCAGCUUCUCAGUGGUCAUGUAGGUGGUCUUGAACCUUGGGUCCAGAAAGGUAGCCAUGGUGAGCAGCUCAUCGGUUUCAGUGUCGAUGUAUUUGUCAUUCAGGUAAUUGAGCACCCUCAUCUUAAUCUCUCGGGUCAGUUUGGCUUCGCCAUCAUUUGAUUUCAGAACCUCCGUCUUGAACAAAUGGAGGACCGGCUUCAGAUUGGACACACUCGCGUAUAUCUCUCCUGACAGGGCAUCUGUGAAAUCCUUGGAGGGGCUUAAGUGCUGCCGUGAUAGAUUCAAAGAUCUCAAUGUCUUGCCAGGAGGGUGCAAGGUGCCGUGUUUUUUUGUCUGCUGCCAGGACUUGUGUGAUGGCCUUUUCCUGAUCCAGGCCUCUUUCCAUCAUCUGCAGUCGAGAUCCCCACCUUUUCGGGGAUUCCAUGAUGAGCUUGUGGAGGGGCAGGCUCAGUUUAUUCUGUGCACUUGUCAGGGCCUUCUGCUUCUUCCAACUAUAGGAAAAUGUGCUGACCAAUGUGCUGUUUUGGACACUCCUCUCUGAAAAAUUAAAAGUUGAAAAAUAAUUACAUAUGAAUCACAAUUAUUCAAUAUAAAUAACAUUGCAUCUGCUAUAAUUACAACAAUUUACAGCAUGGACACUGGGCAUGAUUACAAAUUAAAUCCAUCUAUAGAUGUACAUACAACUGUUGUGAUUAAGAGAGCUAUGUUGCUUUAGAAAAUGGGAUAAUUUACUGAGUAGGCUAUUUAUUAUUGAAAGAGAAAGGAUGGAUUCAUAUAUUGAAACCAUAGGCUAAUGUAUAAAUUAUAAAUAAAAGCAAUGUAAUCCAUGUUAUGUUUGGAUAUUGCACACAUUUACAAAUUACAAGAAUUAAAGAUUUGCAUAGCUGUAUAUAUUCGGCUUAACGUAAAAGAAGGAUCAGACAGUGUAGUCAGCUAUAACUUUAAACAGAGGAGAUAAGGAAUACAACAGUUAUUCAGCAUUUUAAGUUAUGUUGUUUUUAAGUUACGUUAUUUUUCUACCUAGCUCUGUGUUUUGGACGUUGAAACCUACCAAUCGCAAUGUGUAGCCUGUGUCCGAAACACCCUAGUCUUGUCCAUUUGUUCAGCUCCAAUGUUCGAUCCGCUGUGGGUAGACAUACAGUGAGGGGGAAAAAAAGUAUUUGAUCCCCUGCAGAUUGUUGUAUGUUUGCCCACUAAGACAUGAUCAGUCUAUAAUUGUAAUGGUAGGUUUAUUUGAACAGUGAGAGACAGAAUAACAACAAAAAAAUCCAGAAAAACGCAUGUUGUAAAUUGAUUAGCAUUUUAAUGAGGGAAAUAAGUAUUUGACCCCUCUGCAAAACAUGACUUAGUACUUGGUGGCAAAACCCUUGUUGGCAAUCCGAGAGAUCAGACGUUUCUUGUAGUUGGCCACCAGGUUUGCGCAUAUCUCAGGAGGGAUUUUGUCCCACUCCUCUUUGCAGAUCUUCUCCAAGUCAUUAAGGUUUCGAGGCUGACGUUUGGCAACUCAAACCUUCAGCUCCCUCCACAGAUUUUCUAUGGGAUUAAGGUCUGGAGACUGGCUAGGCCACUCCAGGACCUUAAUGUGCUUCUUCUUGAGCCACUCCUUUGUUGCCUUGGUCGUGUGUUUUGGGUCAUUGUCAUGCUGGAAUACCCAUCCACGACCCAUUUUCAAUGCCCUGGCUGAGGGAAGGAGGUUCUCACCCAAGAUUUGACGGUACAUGGCCCCCUCCAUCUUCCCUUUGAUGCGGUGAAGUUGUCCUGUCCCCUUAGCAGAAAAACACCCCCAAAGCAUAAUGUUUCCACCUCCAUGUUUGAUGGUGGGGAUGGUGUUCUUGGGAUCAUAGGCAGCAUUCCUCCUCCAAACACGGCGAGUUGAGUUAAUGCCAAAGAGCUCGAUUUUGGUCUCAUCUGAUCACAACACUUUCACCCAGUUCUCCUCUGAAUCAUUCAGAUGUUCAUUGGCAAACUUCAACGGGCCUGUAUAUGUGCUUUCUUGAGCAGGGGGACCUUGCGGGUGCUGCCGGAUUUCAGCCGUUCAUGGCGUAGUGUGCUACCAAUUGUUUUCUUGGUGACUAUGGUCCCAGCUGCCUUGAGAUCAUUGACAAGAUCCUCCCAUGUAGUACUUGGCUGAUUCCUCACCGUUCUCAUGAUCAUUGCAACUCCACGAGGUGAGAUCUGGCAUGGAGCCCCAGGCCGAGGGAGAUUGACAGGUCUUUUGUGUUUCUUCCAUUUGCGAAUAAUCGCACCAACUGUUGUCACCUUCUCACCAAGCUGCUUGGCGAUGGUCUUGUAGCCCAUUCCAGCCUUGUGUAGGUCUACAAUCUUGUCCCUGACAUCCUUGGAGAGCUCUUUGGUCUUGGCCAUGGUGGAGAGUUUGGAAUCUGAUUGAUUGCUUCUGUGGACAGGUGUCUUUUAUACAGGUAACAAACUGAGAUUAGGAGCACUCCCUUUAAGAGUGUGCUCCUAAUCUCAGCUCGUUACCUGUAUAAAAGACACCUGGGAGCCAGAAAUCUUUCUGAUUGAGAGGGGGUCAAAUACUUAUUUCCCUCAUUAAAAUGCAAAUCAAUUCAUAAAAUUUUUACAUGUGUUUUUCUGGAUUUUUUUUGCUGUUAUUCUGUCUCUCACUGUUCAAAUAAACCUACCAUUAAAAUUAUAGACUGAUCAUUUCUUUGUCAGUGGGCAAACGUACAAAAUCAGCAGGGGAUCAAAUACUUUUUUCCCUUACUGUACAUACUUGACGAGACUCUUUCAAGCCCAAAGAUGAAAGUGCCUCCCUCAGCCCAGCUGUAAUUAUUUAUCCGGUGUGGUCGUCUGGGAAAUAAGAGGUUUGAAGGCAUUUGCUUUACAGCAUCCAGUUGUCGUCAAUGUAAUGAAUCGUGAGGCUAAUGUAUGGCUCUGUGGUCCAGCUUGACCAUAUGUCGGCGGUGGUAGAGAAGAAUGCAGCGUAAUGGAUUUGGUUGGCAACUCUGUACCAACAUUCUGUGUAGAGUUCUGUUAUUUACGGCUCGGGAUCUUGGGUCUAGAGUUCGAAUCAACUUUCUGAAACCGUCUUUCUCCACCGUUUGAAUUGGUUCCAUGUCUUUCGCUUUGUGAUACGUAAUUGUACUCGUUAUCUCAUUCCACUUCUUGCUCUUCUUGUCAUAGGAAGUACCACUAAUGAAUUUAUGCCUUGAGUGAUAGCUGAGUGCGGGUCUGGCUUGAAGAUGUCUUGGGACUUGCUUUGCUGCUCCGGGGGUUUGUUGCACGCAUUCUGGUAGAUUCUUCAUAUUCGCGCACAUGCAGGGUUUUCAGGUGGUGAAAAAGAUUGCUGGUGUUUCCACCUUUGGCUAGCACAAUGCGUUGACACAACUUGCACAACAAACUACUGUUUGUUGGUCGAGGUCGGAUAUCUUAAAGCCAAACCAAUUCCAAAUGACAGAGGAGGCCCCCUUUUUUUGAACCAAUGCUUCGUCGUCCUGCAAAUCAACCUCCAUAGCUUUAUUUUCUUUGUCUUCAGUCAUCCUCAAUGCUUGAUUUUCGGACACUUUUGCUAACGAAAGGAGUUUACUUCACUAAAUGUUCGCUUACUCUGCAGUUGUGCAUGCUUGUUUGUUGACUGAUUGGCAGGCAGAUUGCGUGUAAUGUCCAUGCUUCUAGUUUUUAAGGCUAUGUUUUUAGUAAAAGAUAAACAAUUUGAACUAGCCCACUAGACUGUAUCACUCGACUGAAAUUUUGAACGAAACAAAAACGCCUUAUUUUAUUCAUUUAUCAUGAUAGGCACCAUAUGGCAAAAUCCAGAUCAUGGCAUAAAGUCAUACCGGUAUUCCGGUUCAUACCGGUAUUCUGCCCACCCCUACUCUGCAUGUGUGGUUCCCACCGUAAAGCAUGGAGGAGGAGGUGUGAUGGUGUGGGGGUGCUUUGCUGGUGACACUGUCUGUGAUGUAUUUAGAAUUCAAGACACACUUAACCAGCAUGGCUACCACAGCAUUCUGCAGCGAUACGCCAUCCCAUCUGGUUUGCGCUUAGUGGGACUAUCAUUUGUUUUUCAACAGGACAAUGACCCAACACACCUCCAGGCUGUGUAAGGGCUAUUUGACCAAGAAGGAGAGUGAUGGAGUGCUGCACCAGAUGACCUGGCCUCCAAAAUCACCCGACAUCAACCCAUUUGAGAUGGUUUAGGAUGAGUUGGACCGCAGUGAAGGAAAAGCAGCCAACAAUUGCUCACCAUAUGUGGGAACUCCUUCAAGACUGUUAGAAAAGCAUUCCUUAUGAAGCUGGUUGAGAGAAUGCCAAGAGUGUGCAAAGCUGUCAUCAAGGCAAAGGGUGGCUUUGAAGAAUCUAAAAUAUAUUUAGAAUAGUUUAAUACUUUUUUUAGUUACUACAUGAUUCCAUAUGUGAAGUUUUGAUGUCUUCACACUUAUUCUACAAUGUAGAAAAUAAAGACAAAACCCUUGAAUGAGUAGGUGUGUUCAAACUUUGGACUAGUACUGUAAAUAUUUCCACACUGAGGUUGCAAUAAUAUUGUGAAAAUUAGCAUAAUGCACUUUUAGUGUAAGAGCUGUUUGAAAAGAUCACCUGAAAUUUCAGCCUGUUUUGGUGGGACGGAGUUUUGGCCUUCCAUGGUGAUAUCACCAUGCGGUAAAUUUAGUUAAUAGACCAAUAAGAAAGAGUUCCAAACCUCUCAGCCAAUGACAGCUAAUUUUCAGUUUGUCCCUCCCCACUUAGACCAUUCCCAAACAGUCCUAACAAAAUUCUUGCUUGAGAAAUUGCCCUUUGCUAAGAAGCUAUUUUUGUUUAUUUUUUAAUUGAAAACAAUCACAGCAGGGUCCUUAAUUGUUACCCAUAAAUUAUUUCAUAUUGAGAUAAAAAUGUCUGCAUUUGACCUUUUAAAGUUUAGAUGAUUCAUAUUGUAAUGCUGCCACAUCUUGUUUAAAUGGGUGAUCUCCUCCCAUGUUUCAGACUGAGUGCAGCAAGCCAGUGGAACUCAGUCCCCCAGAAGCCUUCCUUCCCAGGGUUCUUCCAGUGCAGGCUGUAUGUGGACGGCCAUCCCAGAGACACCUUCAUCAGACUGCCUGUGUGUAAAGCAGCCCAACAGGCUCUGUGGUUAUGAUAGAGAGCACCACCUGUCCAUACUGUAUCCCUGCUGGUUUAUUUGUAUAGUGUGGUAGAGCUAUCUCUGGUUUAUUGGUGUAUAUGGUAGUAGGCCCAUCCCUCAUCAGAAACACAUAGUGAUGAAAGAAGUUCCCAGAGAAACUCUAAACUCUGAUUGUCAAGUCACUGAUUAGUGUUUCCAUCCACAGGGCUGGAGUAAAGGAGUGGUCUUUAUCAACGGGCAGAAUCUUGGACGCCACUGGUCCAUCGGUCCCCAGCAAACCCUUUACCUCCCUGGACCUUGGCUUAAAAGUGGAAAUAAUCAGGUAGAACUAAAAAAAGCUCCUUUAAAUUCCAAUAGAUAUAGGGUUCUAGUCUUCUGAUGUGUUUUCAGAAGUUGUUCUCAUGUUUACAGUACCAUGUAUUCUUAUAAAGUGUGUAUCAGCCUUUAUUUGUACAGUUUAUCCUCAAAUCAAGACAUUGAUACAUAAACUGGCUAGAAUAGUUUGUUUAAUGGAUCCCUGUUUUACUUGUUUUCAUUGUUUUAGAUCAUCGUGUUUGAGGAACAGAAAGCUGAUGACAAAUUAGUAUUUGUUGAAAAUCCUGAUCAUGGAAAAACAAUUGAUGUAUACAAACAUCCAUUUUGUGUUCUGCUUUGA